CAUCUCCUGAUGCAAAACGUAUAACUUUCAUCUCCUGAUGCAAAACGUAUAAGCUAUGGAAAUCCAUUCUUUUCUGGUCCUCGGCUUAGCAACAACUUUUUCUCUCUAAGAAUUAUUUUCCCAUCUAUUUUUGUAACAACUGCAGUUUCACUUAUAUACAUAGUUCCAUUUUGUUGUCUAACUUGUCAAUGCCAUGCAGCGAGUUACAAGGCCAAGAGGAGGCCUAAAUGAGUGGCUUCACUGGCUCCCGGUUUCUGUUCACAAGAAGUUGGAUUGCGUCGUAAGGAAGAUGUGUAUUUUCUUAAUAUAUCGGGGGCAGAAAGUUGGGUCUCUACCAACAGAAAAUGGUGGCAGUGCUGCUGGGUUGAAAUGUGUCUUAGAAGCUGAUGUCCAGGAGAUUGUAACCAUGGCUCGUCGGACUUAUGAAAAGGAUGGACCCAUACUGGUGGUAGCUUGUGGCAGGGAUACUAUUUCCAUUGUAAGUUCUAUUAGACGACUAGCAUCUGAAAACAUCUUUGUUGUUCAGAUACAACAUCCCAGGUUGCAUCUCAAUAGAUUUGACUUGGAUUUUACCCCGAAACACGAUUACUAUCCUUUGACUCCUGAAGCACAGAAGCAGGUUCCUCAAUUUCUACGUGGGUGGAUAACUCCUCGUGAACCUCCUGAUAGGCAUGUGGUCCUCACUAUUGGAGCUUUGCAUCAAAUUGAGGCUACUGCCCUUCGUAAUGCUGCCAGUGCAUGGCGUGAUGAAUUUGCAGCUCUACCAAAGCCCUUACUUGUGGUGAACAUUGGUGGUCCUACAAGUAAUCUUUUGUCAUACACUGAAUCUUUGUUGCUUGUUACUCAUUGGAUUGGCAUCAAAGUAUUUGAUUACUGA